UGCUUUUACAACAAAAUCGCACAAAACAUUCAAUUUUCUAUAUAGAGAACUAAAUUUACGAAGACAAUCAAGUAACUUUUGUGUAUUACGAAGUCAAUGAAUUCCUAACAGACGGCACGUUUUCGGAAUUUCGUGUCGGCACUGGAUUGGUUCAUUUUAUGUUUCUAUUUUUUUUAUAAUAUACUAGCGGACCCAGCGAACUUUGUUCCGCCACACGGUUUGUUUCACACACAUCAACCGGUUAACUUCAAAAUUCUACUAUAAUUACCCAUAGAAUAUAUUAUUAUUACGUUUAGCUGUCAGUUACGUUUUGUUAUUCCAUAUCAGUUGCGUUUUGUCAUACCACGAUUUAUGUCACGUCCCAUGGGAAUUGAUAAAGAGUAUCCUAUGUCCUUCUCCUGGUUCUAAGCUACCUCUUCAGCAAUUUUCAGCCAAAUCAGUUCAGCCGUUCUCGAGUUAUAAAUAGUGUAACUAACACGACUUUCUUUUAUAUAUAUAGAUUAAAUCAUCAUCAUGAAAUCAUCAUAAUAUAUUAAAUCUUCGAUCAUCUCACAAUCUUCUUCUUCGCUGUCCUCCACAUAGUUCUGACUUUUUACAUUCUUCCUUCACUAUUUAGUCUAUUCUUCUAUGGAAUGCGCUCCCACUCAAAAUAAGGUGGGCCACUACACGUGAAGCGUUAAGACGAAGGUUCGAGAACUGUUUCUCAGAGAGUUAGCAGAGUCAUCUAAUUGCUAUAUAUUUAUGUAUAUGUAUUUAUAUCUAUCAAUAUUAUGUAUGUUAUAUAUACACAUAUGUUUAAGUAAUAUCACCUUCACACUACACCUACCAAGGUUCAUCUCUGCACCCCCUAAGGUAUACUGUCAGAGAAUGCGCAUGGCAUUAAGUCCGCCUUUAUACUGUCUAGUAUAUAAAGUUAUAAAUAAAUCAAAAAAACAUCCCACAAUGUUUCAACACAAAAACUCUACAGUCAAUGUAUUUAGCCCACAUUAACAUACGGCGCAGAAACAUGGUUCCUUACAGGUGAGACCGUGUAUAGAAUGGGCGUUUCAAAGUAAGCGAUGAAUCACUCUAAGCUAGCAAUCGGGUCUGUACUACCCACAUUAGAAGCCAAACAAUAUUAUAGAUAUUUGUUAGAGAGUAGCAGAUCCGAAAUGGAGUUGGGCUGGAGACUUGGCAGGACGAAAUGAUAAUAGAUGGAGUAAGACAGUGACGGAAUGGUGGCCAAGCUCAUAGACGUAAAGGACUUCUCCUUUAGCAUAGUAGUGCGAUGACAUAAUCAAAACGGUGGGGCAGAUGUGAAUGAGAAUGGCGAACUAUCGUACAUUAUGGCAUAAAACGAAGAGGGCUUUACCCCGUAAUUGGUAUCAAAGGGCUGAAAAUGAUGAUGAUGCCCGUCGCUUGCGAAGAAGGGCUCGACGAGUAAAUUAACUCACAGACACAGCCCACUGAGUUUCUCGCCGGAUCUUCUCAGUGGGUCGGAUUUCUGAUCCGGUGGUAGAUUCUGCGAAGCACGACCCUUGCUAGCGUUCGUGUUAGCAACGUCGUCAGAGCCCCGUGAGCUCACCUGCUAGUUAAGGUUACGCUGAAAUAGCCUCUCAAGACUCUCAGCUAAAAAAAAGAUAAUGAUGCUUUUUUACAAAACGCUUUUUUGGUAACCCAUUGUAGAGAUAACGUGUUGGCAUUCAACAAUCACCGUUUCAAAGACAUUUGAUUUAAAGUGAAUAAUUUAAAUUCGAAUCAGACACUUAAUAAUAACUUUGGUCUGAUUACAUAACAUGACGAUUAUGGUUAAAAAACAAUAAUAUUAUAACUAUUACAUUUUAUCUAUUCUCACAUGGUGAAUGUCACACAGUUUUUAAACUGAUUAAAAAUAUCUGAAGUAUGUUUUGGGUUUCUUAUCUCUUGGCGGGGGUCAAUGUUCACUUUCUUGUCGCCCACUUAUUGUCCAUUGUAUAGUAAUGCUCCUAUUGAAGCCUAUUAAAAAUAAACUCGCGUCAGUGAGCGACGCUCCGCGCUACAAUGCAGUACACGAUACUGCUUGUUGUUUUAUUAAAAUCAGUGUUUUCAUACAGUUUGAAUCUCGAUUACUUGGACCCAGUAAAGUUACAAACUAUCGCGCCGCCAGCGACACAACAAAAUGCCGCCACUCAAAUUAUUUCAAAAUAUACGACUAAAGUUUUAGUCGAGAUAAACCCUCUAUUGUUUAAAGACAAUAAGGAUGUAUUUUCCUUGCGCACGGUUCAAGGACUUUUACACAUACGCGCGACAACCGGUGUGGCGGCUUUAUGGGGAUUUAAUUACUACUUGAAAAAAUACUGCAAGAGUCAAAUAGCGUGGCAAGUUCAACGAGUUGUGGUGCCGGAACCGCUCCCAGAAGUCGACGAACUUGUCGUUUCUAAUGAUAGAUUUCGCUACUAUCAAAACGUGUGCACGGCGUCUUAUUCAUUCGUUUGGUGGCAGACAAACGAUUGGGUCGAACACGUCCAAUGGAUGGCACUGAAUGGUAUUAACUUAGCUUUAGCGCCAGUUGCACAGGAAGCGGCUUGGGCUCGCGUCUAUCGCAGCCUCGGAAUGACGGACGACGAAAUAGAUGAGCAUUUUACCGGUCCCGCGUUUUUGGCUUGGCUUCGUAUGGGGAAUGUACACGGCUGGGGUGGACCACUCCUCAAGUCAUGGAACGACAAACAAAGAGAAAUUCAAGAUUCCGUAAUCGACUACAUGUACCAGCUUGGCAUUGUAUCGGUCUUCCCGGCUUUCAAUGGUCACGUACCGAAGGCAUUUGCACGAAUAUUUCCGAAUGUAACUUUUCACGACGUCGAUACGUGGAAUAAAUUUGACGCUGAACAUUGUUGUGGCUUGUUCGUAGAUCCGAAUGAACCACUUUUUAAAAUAAUAGGGAAAAUGUUUUUAAAAGAAACUGGCAGUUUGUCAGCCACAAGUCACAUUUACUCUUCGGACCCAUUUAACGAGGUUAAAAUUGAACAAUGGUCAACAGCUUUGGUUGUGCAAACGGCCAAAUCUAUAUUCUCGACAUUAUUAGAAUUCGAUGACGAAGCUGUCUGGUUAUUGCAGAAUUGGAUGUUUGUUAGCGAUCCGUUACAAUGGCCUAAAUCUAGGGUACGGUCAUUUAUGACGUCAGUGCCGAAUGGUAGAAUGUUGGUACUGGACCUUCAAGCGGAGCAGUGGCCACAAUACGAACUUUACGAGAUGUAUUUCGGUCAACCAUUCAUAUGGUGCAUGUUACACAAUUUUGGCGGAACUUUAGGGAUGUUUGGUAACAUGAUAACGAUCAAUAAAGAAGUGUAUUAUGCACGGGCCCUCGCAAAUAGCACAAUGAUUGGCGUCGGCCUUACCCCUGAAGGAAUAAAUCAGAAUUAUGUAGUUUACGAUUUAAUGUUGGAGUCAGCUUGGCGUAAGAAACCCGUAGAAAAUCUCGAUACUUGGGCAGGAGAAUACGCGGAGCGAAGGUACGGUUGCAACACGACAACGGACGCCUGGCGGUAUCUGUUAAAAAGCGUAUACAGCUUCAAUGGCUUGAACAAAGUCCGAGGGAAGUACGUAAUCACUCGUAGGCCCAGUUUCAACAUUAAGCCAUGGGCUUGGUACAAAAGUUACGAUCUAUUCCAGGCUUUGAAAAAGUUUGUCACGAGUACAGAUUGUUACUCCGAUGGAUUUCUAUAUGAUAUUGUUGAUGUUACAAGGCAAGCGUUACAGUACAGGGCGGAACAACUAUACGUAAAUAUGCAGAGCGCACGCUAUUCCAACACUUUGUUGUUCAAAGAAGCGAUACAACAAUUUCUGGAUGCCAUGAUUGAUAUAGAAUCGAUAUUGCGGACAAAUACGUUUUUCGGUGCAGCCGAUUGGAUCGCUAAAGCUGAGAAUUUCGCGAGAACACCAAUAGAAUCGUAUUCAUAUAGUUUGAAUGCUCGCAAUCAAAUAACUCUGUGGGGCCCUAACGGGGAAAUAACAGAUUAUGCAUGCAAACAAUGGGCUGAGCUAUUCCACUAUUAUUACAUUCCUAGAUGGACAAAGUUCUUGGAUGUUGCCCUCGAUGCCAAAACGAAACGCGAAGUCUUCGACGAGAAAACUGCUCGGGAUAUGAUUCGAUCCACAGUCGAGUAUAAAUUUCUGUUUGUGACUUUCGACACUAUCCAUCGACCUGCGGUUAACCCGAUAGAUCUUGCUCUGGAUCUGUACCAAAAAUGGGCGUUUUAUCCUGGUCUCGAUGAUCUGCCGCAAAACGUUAUCCGCCCCGAUCCUGGAAAGAGAACCACCCUGCCCGACGUUGAUAAAGAAAGCGAUGAGACAGAAGAUCCCCCUUCCGUUAUUAUGUGGCACUCCACAACGCCGAUCAAUUAGUAAAAGAAAAAGGUAUACUGCAAUUGGCGUUGCUUUAAUAGAAGAUUUUUUUUAUUAUUUCUAAAAAUCAUAGUUUUUUCCUUAAGAAAAAUUCCGAAUACUCCGAAUCCAAUACAGGAAAAGAUCAAUUGUAGUUCCGACUGGAAACACUCAUAUAAUAAUAGUUAUAUCGAAAUCUACAUAUCCUAUUGCCCUAUCUACUUCUCAACUGGAUUCUUUUUUUUUAAUAACGUAUGAAUAAAUUUAUAUACGGCUGUA